AUGGCGGCUCCUGCUCUCUCCGGUCGGGCUGGCUCCGCGGGCAGCCUCGGGAACAGCCCCACCAUGGCCUCCGGUCGGCUCCCGCACGGCGGCGGUGUCGGGCCCGAGCUGGACUUCAGGUCAGCGGCCCGCAUGGAGGACCUGAACCGACUCAUCCAGGAGUUCAGCAAGCACGAUCAGCGGGAGUACGACGACCAGCGGGCUCUGGAGAUCCACACGGCGAAGGACUUCAUCUUCUCCAUGCUCGGGAUGGUCCAGAAGUUGGACCAGAAGCUUCCCGUGGCCAACGAGUACCUCCUCCUGUCGGGAGGCGUCUGGGAGGGAGUGGUGGACAUGGACCUGGACGAGCUGAGCGUCUAUGCACGCGGCACGGACUACGACAUGGACUUCACCCUGCUGGUGCCGGCGCUUAAGCUCCACGACCGCAACCAGCCAGUGACCCUGGACAUGAGGCACUCGGCCCUGGGCCACUCCUGGCUCAGCCUGCGGCUGUUCGACGAGGGAACUAUUAACAAGUGGAAGGACUGCUGCACCAUCGUGGACCACAUCAGUGGGACCACCAACUACUUCUUCUCUCCAACGCUGGUGGCUGACUGGUUCUACCAGUCUAUAUCCCUGGUGCUUCUGGAGGUGCAGAAGAAGCCGCAGAGGGGGAUGCCGCGAGUAGAGAAGGUGGAGCGGAACGGCACCAUCAUCUCCGUCAUCCUGGGCGUCGGCAGCAGCCGCAUGCUCUACGACAUCGUCCCCGUGGUGUCGUUCAAAGGCUGGCCUGCGGUUGCCCAGAGCUGGCUGAUGGAGAACCACUUCUGGGACGGCAAGAUCACCGAGGAGGAGGUGAUCAGUGGCUUCUACCUCGUCCCUGCCUGCUCCUUCAAAGGGCGCAAGGAGAACGAGUGGCGCCUGUCGUUCGCCCGCAGCGAGGUGCAGCUGAAGAAGUGCAUCUCGCCCAGCCUGAUGCAGGCGUACCAGGCCUGCAAGGCCGUCAUCAUCAAGCUGCUGUCUCGCCCCAAAGCCAUCAGCCCCUACCACCUGCGCAGCAUCAUGCUGUGGGCCUGCGACCGCCUGCCCCACGGCUACCUGGCGCAGGACGACUUCUCGGCCCACUUCCUGCUGGGCCUGAUCGACGACCUUCAGCACUGCCUCGUCAACAAGAUGUGUCCCAACUACUUCAUCCCCCAGUGCAACAUGCUGGAGCACCUGUCGGACGAGACGGCCAUGCUGCACGCCCGCAAGCUGUCGUCGGUGCGCUCCGACCCGGCCGAGCACCUGCGCACCACCAUCGAGCACGCCAAGGCCGCCAACAGGCUGACGGUGGAAGUGCAGUGGCGCGGCAGCUCCAGCAACCUGCCGUCCCCUCAGUCCGACGCCAGCGGGGACCACCAGCCGGACGACCGGCUGGCCAAGAAGCUGCAGCAGCUCGUCACCGAGAAUCCUGGGAAAUCCAUCUCCGUCUUCAUCAACCCGGACGACGUCACGCGGCCGCACUUCCGCAUCGACGACAAGUUCUUCUGAGACGAGAAGCGUCCUCCCACACCUCCUCCGCGCUCUGCCUUCCUCCUCCUCGCCCGGCGCCCGGCCUCCUCUAAAACUUUAUUUUUUACAUUUUUUUUAUUUCUCUGCCACAGAGUGAAGUGAGGUGAUCGUUUAGUGUCUGCUGCAAUUUUUUAAUUUUUAUUUUUCUAUUCACCUCUCCCUCUUUCCUCCUCUUUCACUGUGUGCCCUGUGUUUUUACCUGCUGAAUGCCUUUUAAACAGACAGCUGAAGAGCAGCAGAUUGUUUUUAAGUGAAGAUGGAGCUUCAUGCUCCUUUUGUUUCUCUAGUGUCAUGUGAUUCAGGGAUCCUGGAGAUGAGAUGAAACCACCAACUCCUGAAACCAUCACAAAGUCACUUUUGACUCAUUGCUUUAGGAUCUAAAGUACAGAAUUUACAAUAAGCUGGUAUUUAUCAAUCUGCUCAUGUUCCUGUGUGGCGUAAACAAAGUGACACUUGAAAACCUGUAAAAUAUAAUGGAAUUAUCCUUAAUGCAAGAGGCCCCAGACACUGGCGGACAUUUGUCCCAAUUACUAAUUAACCAGUAGAAAAUACAAGAUUACUUUCCCGAACAAAGUAAUUUCUCAGAUCAGGCUUUGAUUUUUAAUUAUCCCAAAAUCAGUGUCCUACUAUUAUAAUGCAAUUACUUUCUCUCAGUAAUUUGUCAUUUGUUAACUUAAUCUAAUACAUGUAAAUGGGCCAAUCCACGGUCAUGAGACGUUUCCUCAUAUAUUACUAACUGAUCUUAUACUGAUGCUAAAUCGUAUCUAGAGAAAUAGUUUUUGAUCACCUCACCCAUGAAUAUUAGCAUGUUGUUCAGGUUCUCAUGGUGAAGACCUUGCUGACUCGUAACGAGGCAGGUUUAGGAAGGUUCUGGCCACUCGUUUUGUCCGAUGCUGUAUCUGUGGGAUACGUUUGUAGAAUUUCAUGAAGUUGAUAAACUUGAACUUAUCUUUUUAUCUUGGUUAAUCACAUCUCACGCAACAUUACUAUUAUUGUCGAUGUUAUGAUUGUACACAUUCAUAUUCAGGAGUUGGGGAUGCCCAAUGGUGCGCAGAGACAUCUCAGGCCCAGGAGUAAAGCUAAAGAUUUGUGAAGGUGGAUUUUGUCCUUUGAGGAAUGUCUUAGUCCCGUUAGGGGUGAUGGUACUAACGUCUUAGAAAGUAUAUGUAAAUAGAAGGAGCUGGACAGAACAUUGAGGAAGACAAUGUUUGGACUACUUUUCAUCUAAUUUUGCACAGAAUGUAAAAACACUUUUCCUGUUGAUGGUGUUCAUCCUGAUUCUGAAAUGUACCAUAUCAGUAGAUCAGUGACACUUUACUGAACAAUGGUCGUAUGCACGUUUGAACUAUUAACCAGUAGAAUGGAACCGAGUCCACAUUGGUACUGCACUAACACCUAAUGUGACUGUGUGGGAACUUUGCCGUAACGUCUAUAAAAUGACGUUAGGAAUCAGGCAUUUGGAACUUCGACUCCUUUACUGAACGUCUACAAAGCAGCGUUUCGUUACAUUCUCUGGGCAAACUCAGCCGCCUUUGCUCACUUUCCCUUGAUUUUCUACUACUUUCGUCUGCAUUAACCACCACUGCCAUCUACUGUCUUCUUAAGUAACUGCGCCUAAAAACAGAAUAAACACUUCCAAAUUCCUAAUAUUUAAACUACCACAAACUCCACAUUCCUUCAACAUUAAUUAAUGCAACAGUUGACUUAAAGCUACAGCAGCGUCUUCCUGAAGCAGGAUUCAUUGAUGCUGAUCUGAAGUCUGUCUGAAACCUGAUUGCUCAGACUCCGUCUUGUUGAUCAUUGUCAGUGUAUUUACUUCUGUGGAAAUGACUUCUCACAAGCCUGGAGCUAAAGAAGAAACUAAAGUAGAUGGUGCAGCAGUGGAAUGACUGACAGAUCGUUGAGAGCAGAGCCAUUGUCCUCUGGUUAAUCUGCGUUACGACCAUCAUCAGGCAGGUGUCACAGGAUGUUCUUUUAGUCAUGACGUCACUGACAUCUCUUACUUAUUUCUGUCACUCAGCCGUGCUCGUGUUUCCGCUUCACCGUCUUUCUGUGUCUUUGCCUUUUACUGACAGAUGUUAUGUCCAUGGCUGCGUUUUGAGGGUUCAGCUCAGCUUUUGCUCAAUCAGCUCAGGAUCCUUUCAGAUCAUUCCUCACUUUUGAUUGUAGCUGCAGUUGGAUUUUUUUGAAUUAUUGAAUUAUUUUCUACUCAGUAACAACACAAGGUGUAACCAUACUGUUUUAAUCGUAUGGCAUGUAUUUAGAUGUGUGACACUUGAUGGGGCCCAGCUCUGAUUGCUAGGGGAAAAAGGGGGUCAUUAGAAAACAUAACCCAGAGGACAGGCUGAAGAUCAAACCCAGACAUGCUACAGUUCAGUCAAAUGGCAUCUGGGCAUGCUGGGAGCUGUAGUCCGCCCCAAGCUGGUUCUACUGAAGGGGGGCCAGUUGGUCCCAGUUGUUGUUGUGUCAUCAGAUUCAUAAACAUUUCUAGACAAAAUGCCAAAAAAGAAAAUCUGCAGACGUGACUGGCAGUGUGUCCAUAUCCUCACCCUCAAGUGCAAUUAGUGACACUACACACAGACACACACACGCACACAGACCCCACGUAGCAUCAAGUCACUAGAAGAUGAACCGGGUCUCACCACAGGCCCAAACUGACCACUGGACCCGGCACCCGUCCACCGAGUCCUCAAACUCACACGCUCACUCAAAGUGCCACACUCCUGCUCGGUGGAAAUGUAUUUGGUGUGUUGUUCUUUGGAGCUUUGUGACCUUUGACCUUACUCCUCUGUUUGUUCAGAACCUUCUGACUGUGACUUUUUGAUUUCUGGUUUCUUGCUGCUCUGUUUUACUUUGAUGCUGAAUUUCUUUAUGCAACGUGGAUUUGAUGGGUAACGUUCAGACGGCAGCUCCUGCCUGUCUCUCGCUGUCAACCCGUAUUUUUUCAGUCGCUUCUUUUCAGCGAGUACAGGUUUGAGGUCAAAUACUGAUCCCAGUUUUAUCUAAAGAAUAUACAGAUGGAUGUUUUGUAAUGGACAAAACUUUCCUUCUAACAGAGAAAAAUAUACUUUAGACUUUUUAAUAGUUUAUAUUACUUAAAUUUGAUUCACUCCUUGCUGAAAGUUCAUUGAAGUGCCAGUGCACUGCUUCACUGUUGACUCUGUCCUUUAAAUAGAAACGUGGUCGCUGCUGGUUUCUUGCUGCACACAAUGUCCAAGGCCUCUGGGAAACCGGUGUCACAGCACAAGAUGAACCUGAGCAAAAGUUUAUUACCUGUGCUCUGUACACGGGGAUCAAUUCCGUCUCACCUGUUCAUGACACCUCCUGCCUUUAGUGUCAUGUCUGAUCUGUUUUAGUGAUGGGAGCUGUCACCUGAACGGACGCAAUGACUUUACCCGAUCCCUGAUGUGUACUACUGUAAAUACACCUGAUAAAAUGACUCCAACCCAC